CGCGAGCGCGCCGGGUGCGCGCACCUGCGCUGCGCCCUCGGCCCCCUCCCCCCCGCGCGCGGCGCCGGUCCCGCUGGAGCCUGGAGAGGGACCGCGCCGACCCCUCUGUGCCUCCUCCUGCCUCCCAUCCUCCGACCCGCCGGGGGAUAAGCCCAGAAGACAGGGGUUAAAAUGAAUGAAGAUCUGAAGGUUAAUUUGAGCUGGCUGCCUCAGGAUCAUGUAGAAGCCAGUUCUACAGAGAAUGCCUCAGCUCCAGGCUCCUCCCUGGUUCCUGUCGUAGACUCUGAGCCAGAGCUUUUGGUAAACCCCUGGGACAUUGUCUUGUGUACUUCAGGGACCCUUAUCUCCUGCGAAAAUGCCAUUGUGGUUCUGAUCAUUUUCCAUAACCCCAGUCUUCGCGCCCCCAUGUUCCUCCUGAUAGGCAGCCUGGCACUGGCAGAUCUCUUAGCGGGCAUUGGAUUGAUCAUCAAUUUUGUUUUUGCCUACCUUCUGCAGUCAGAAGCUACAAAACUGGUUACGAUUGGACUGAUCGUUGCCUCUUUCUCAGCAUCUGUUGGCAGCUUGCUGGCUAUUACUGUUGAUCGUUACCUCUCCCUGUAUUAUGCUCUGACUUACAAUUCAGAGAGGACUGUCACUUUUACCUAUGUCAUGCUUAUAUUGCUCUGGGGAGCAUCUAUCUGUGUUGGACUGCUGCCUGUAAUGGGCUGGAACUGCCUCAGAGAUGAAUCCACCUGCAGUGUUAUCAGACCACUCACUAAAAAUAAUGCAGCUGUUCUUUCGGUCUCUUUCCUGCUUAUGUUUGCCCUCAUGCUGCAGCUCUACAUUCAGAUCUGUAAAAUUGUGAUGCGCCAUGCCCAUCAGAUUGCCUUGCAACACCAUUUCCUGGCCACUUCCCACUAUGUGACCACCCGAAAAGGAGUGUCUACUUUGGCUAUUAUUUUGGGGACUUUUGCUGCUUGCUGGAUGCCUUUUACACUCUAUUCUUUAAUAGCAGAUUACACCUAUCCUUCUAUAUACACCUAUGCCACCCUCCUGCCAGCUACCUACAAUUCCAUUAUCAAUCCUGUCAUAUAUGCUUUUAGAAACCAGGAGAUACAGAAAGCGCUUUGGCUCAUCUGUUGUGGCUGUAUUCCUUCUAACCUGUCUCAGAGAGCAAGAUCACCCAGUGAUGUCUGAUUGGCAGCCAGGAGGACUCUCCUUAGCACGUUACUUUCCAGACAUUCUGUCUUUGGUUUAGAUGCAUUCAUUAAAUGGUGUGUGAUGGGUUCAGAUAAAAACCACAGGAUGGACUGACCUUUUUGUGAAGAGAAAACCCCAGUGACCGAAAUCAAUUGAGUGGUUUAAGGGAGAUUUCCAAAAUCAAAUUAAUCAGUGUUCUUACAGAUUUAUAAUGUUGCUCAGGGUCUUUUUGUCAUAUUACCCAGACUUUGCCAUGUUUGCCAUGAUUUUACAUUCAGCUUUCUAAUUAAAAUUGGAUUGAAACAGCAUACGUUCUUUGAAAUUAUUUAUGUGAUUGAAUUCAGUUGUACUGCAUGUUACAAUAUGUUGUUGGGAUAUUUUUUUCCUCUUUAAUUUUUUUAAACAGAAAAAAAAAGAAAACCCAAGUCCUGUUACUGCAUAUGUAUAUCAUCAGAAUGCUCUUCAAAAUAAUGGCCAAUUGUACUGAUUUAUUGGUAUUUAUUGUAGUCUCAGUGCAACAAAUUUGCUCUAAGUGAGGAAGUACUUGUACAGCUUUUUAUUUUACAUCUCAGCAUGAAUUAGGUUGAUAAUUGUUUUUAAGGGUUACCUGUUUUCUCAUGAAUUCCGGCUGGAUGUUAAACCAAAAGAUAUGCAUUGCUUUCCUUUUCAAAAGUCAGCUGUAUGAUGUCUUCCCUUAGAUAUGGGACAGCAGAGAUCACUAUGCUAUUAAUUUUAAAACUGAUUGGGGGAGGGAGAAUCUCUGAAACUGAUGAAACGAUGUGGCCUCUUUUGGCUGUGUGUUUGUAAUAGAUCAAACACUUACGUUUCUCAGAUAAGUUUGUCUUCUCAGAAGAGUUAAAAAAAUCUUUAAUAAAAUAAUCUCCAAAUUGCUUGCAGCACAUAUUUGGCACUACAUGAAAUGGUUUUCCUAAGUUUGUUUUCAAGUAAAAAAUAAUAGCACUUGUUUUCAUUGUUCUCCUAUGUAAUUUUAAAUACUGACGUUUAUAAAUUCUCAGAGCAUAUCUGGUUUGUAAUUGUGUGCAACCAGAACUGCAAGAUGAGAAAAAAACCCAGUGUUUUCUCCUUUUUCUGGCAGUUUCAUCCACUACGGAAUGUGAUUCUUUGCACUGUACUCAUGUCAGUUCACUCUAUUGUAAGAUGAUAGUUCUGGUCUAAAAAGCAGAGCUUCCUCUCAUGAAUGGUUAAAUUUCAAACUGCUUCUAACCUUUCACUGAAGCCACAUUAGAAUGCACCAGAAAUAAAGCAUUGUUUUCUAAUUUGAAGACUUGAUUGUCAGGGAGAAAAUCUUCCUGGUAUAUGACUUUGUGAAGCUUAUGGUGUGCCCUCAUGACAGUUCAUGGAGUUUAGAGUACCACUUCCAUUAGUGUUGAUGGGAGCUAGAUGUUUUCAUGCCAUGGCAUCAAUAGGAGCUUAUCUUUCCCUUGAAUGUCUUAAGUCAGCACACUGUAUUGUUGCUUCAGUACCUUCUAUUAAAAAAACCCAAAACAAACUCAAAUGUAAAAAUAGCAAUAUUUACAGUUCAAUGAAAAAAUAAACCUGUAUAGUAGAGGUAGUAGAGACAACUGCAUUGCUGGUCUGGAUUUUCCAGAUGGAAUCAGUCCUUUUCAUGUGGACGUUCAGAUGACUGUAGCUUUUUGUGGCAAAGUUUCUGUGACUUUAAGAAUCAUAUGCUAUACACAAAGCUGAAUCUCAAAUGUGAGUGAGUUGUCUGUAAACAAGGCUCUGUAGACAUUUUUAUGAGCAAUAAUUAAUUUUAGUUGUAAUGCCGGGUUUAAAUUCCAUUGUUUAUUUGGUUCAGCUUUCAUGAUAUUUGGCUCUUACUUUGUAAUCUGAUUAGUUUAUUAAUUGCAUGGCAUGAUCCAGUAGAGCUGUGAAUUUGAAGCUCCCCUGGCUUCCCUGUGAUUUACGGAUGCUCAUCAGAGUUAGACUAUGACUUCUGCUCAGUGUAGGAUAUUGGUGUUCUUUAUCUACUUCUGAAUGUCAAUGAAGCUUCAGUCAUUGCAUUUUUGUAUAAGAAAUACUCACUUCAUAGAAAUCUGUGCUACGUAUGCGUGCAGUUUUUCAAGUAUGCAAACUAUUGGGCAGUAAAAUGGUAGUAAAAGUCAUGACAUGAAUAAUGUAGGGAGGCUCAAUAAUGUAGAACGGCACUUUUAAGAGCAAAAAAAUAAGUUAGUUGUGCAAAGUUUACCCCCUUCCUUUUUCCUGCAUUUGUUCUUCUUUAUCAAAUUGCUAAAAGUAUGAUGAUGAUAAAAGCUACAACUAUGACCAAAAUUCAGUCCAGAGGGCAGCUGUUGUUUUGCUUAUGCGGACCUGUUCUCAUCCUCUUGGAUAACUUCACAGGCAGUAGCGUUUUUCUCUACACAACACCUGUGUGAUGGGAAAGCAAGAAAAAAAACAGCGCAGAGGGAGGUAAUGUCAUCCUCUCAUGCUGGUUCACCUAGUGUCCUUGUCAUCUUCCUCACUCCACAGGCUGCUCAAAUCCAUAGAGACUCUCAGAGUGCUGGGGGAGCCGACCUUUUCCUUGUGCCAGAGCGGAGAGAUUUGUAAUUGGAAGCUUCUCUCCUGAGGAACAGUGCAAGUCAAAGAGGAAAGAAGGAUUAAUUAUAGCAGUCCCACAAAGCUAGCUCGUAGGGAUGCGAUUUACCCUUGUUUGAGGAGUAGUGCGUGGUUGCCUUCCACCACAUACAGAUGAGAAACAUAAUUCUGCCUCCCAAGCUUCUGCUGUGACCUCCAGUGAGGAUGUUGUCGCUUCCAGAAAUAUGUUCUUAAAUUAAGACUGUGCAGCACAGGCCAGAAAAUCCUACUGGAAGUCAGUGGCACAGGUUUACCCGCAGCUGUCAGGCCAAACUUUAACAUGGCUUGCAGUACUUGACAGGUGCUAUAUAACACACCUGUGAACGAGCUCUUGAGAGUAGGGCCAGAGCUGUGUGUAUGAAGCUGCUGACCUCACUUGCACAGAAGGAUUGCUUGACAGCCAGCCACUUUCCAGACCCUGCAGAAUUAAGCAAUUCUCUGCUGUCUCCUCAGAACUACAGGAUAGGCCCCAGUUCUAUAUGGUGAGGUGCUGGUAUCCAUCCAGGAUCCCUCUGAAACUGGCAGAAAUCCCACCAGUUUGCAGAAUUCUGAUAUUUUGUUGUCCCAUCAAAGAACACCCAUGCGUGAGACCAGGGAAGUUAGAUUCACCAUUCUGUGUGCAGUGAAGUAGCUUUCACAUCUCCAUUGCAAUGACAGAAGACUUUUAUUUCUUAAUACGUAAUUUAGUUUAAAGAAUUGAAGUUCAUGUUUACUUAUUAAAACACUUGACCCAAAGUUAGCAAUAGGUUAUAUCUUGAUGGGAAAAAUGUAUUGUGGUCAGUUUUUCAUGUGUUCAUCCUCAAAGCUUGGGAGACCAAUUUUUUAGAUUGUCUUUUUUUUUUUUUUUUUAACCAUUUCUUCUAACAGUAAGAUUUCAGCAAUAAGGGGAAAUAUGUUUUUAGCACAAAAGCAAUAAAAUCCUCCAUGUUGCAGGUACUAUGAACUGCUGAGUAAACUCAGAGCAAUAGAGAGGAAGCAAUAUUACUUUAAACAAAAAAGUUACUUGCAUAAGGACUUUCAAUAAGCAUAAGUCUUCCUUUGUUAAGCAGAUGCUAUCAGACUGAUGUUGGAUAUAAUUUCUGGUUGAUUUGUGUUAUAAUUAUUGAAUUCCUGAAUAGAAUUACACAGCAAUAAUAUUUUAUCGUAAUUCUUGGGUCCCAAAUUUGUGCUAUUGGCGAGAACAAAUUACGUCCUGCAGUGGGGAUUUUUAUUCUUUUCAUCAUUCAGCAUUUAGAUGUACAGCAUUCUGUAGAUAAAUUGUGUUCAGGAUUUCAAGUUGUAACAGAAAAUACCGAAUUUGCCAUGCUUAUCAAGAUGGACACGAUAAAUGGUGCUAACCCGUUCUGAAGAUAGCUUGGUUCUGGAUAUCAGUGAAGAAAACCCCUACCAGGCUGUUUGGAAGCAAGCUGAAAGGCCUGCUGUUGCUGCUGCAUUUUCCUACCACUGACGCUCAGGAACAUAAGCAGCUGCGUCCAUCUAUUAGUGUUCAGCAGCCAACCUUGAGGCAUCUUGGAGUCACUAAAGCCCUUCAAUGGGCAGCAGUGAACUUUGGCUUAAACCAGCAGGCAUGCUGUCCCCAAAGAGCUGUUAUUUUGUUACCUCAUUUUCUUAGGGAUCCUUUAGCCUUUAAAAAUAAGAUACAUGUGACUUCAUCUCCCCAAGGUGAUAAGCAAUCUGCUCUGUGACUUUAACUUGGCAUAAAAUAGCAUCACUACAAAUCAAGCCCCUGAAAUAUAACUACACACUCAUUACUUAACCCCAAAAUGUUCAGAACAGGAUUUUCAAUUGGUUGGCCAUGACUUUUAUGAAAAGAAAGUAUACAUGGUCUAGUUUUUCUGUGUACAAUAAAGAAAUAAGAAUUGGACAGAGUAGUCACUAUUAAAAAAAACACUAGCUAUUCUGUCACUUUAUCUGAGAUACUGAGUGGUUCUAGUUCCGUUCAGUGGUAGUCCAGAAAUGUUCAGUGUAGAAAAAUUAAGAUCUCUCAGCCUCUGCUUAUAGAGAACUAAAAGGAAGGGACUAAAAGGAAUUGGUGUAAUUUAUAUGUCAUGAAUAAGCAAUAGGUCACGAAACAUAGGCAUGCAUAUCUCCCUCAUUUGUCAGUAUAAGAAUGAUGGGACCCCCAAUAAACUUGAAAGGUCUCCUGUCUAGAAAUACUUUUUUGGUACAAAAGGAAAUUACCCCUUAAAACUGGGUACUUCGGUCUUCUUCAGACCAGAAUUUGGAGUUCCUUUUAAUGCACGAGAAAUCUGAGUGAACUGCAAGGGUAUCUGCUUUCAUAUUAGGUGGAUGAUGAGAGAUGGAAGUCUUUAUGGCUUGGUGAAUCAGCCAGAUACUCACUGAUUGAGCAUGGAUAGGAAGGACACUUGAAUAAAUGCAUCCCCUGUGAGAAGGUUAUUUUGAGCUGUCCAUUUGGAACCUGACCCAAUGCAUAUGGAGCCUCUGAGAGGGGCCCUGGGACUGCCCUUGUUCUGGGGUGUAUUGCAGCAGUCUUUGUGUCCCUGAGGCUGGCAGUGUGGUUGCUCCUGUUGAAUGGUGUCCAAGAACAAGAGGAAGGGAUAUGAUCAGAAGUGAGGUCCACCUUCCUUGAAAAAUGUCACCUCAUGUUUUAUUCAGAUUAUUACUUGUCUUGUUAGCAUGGUCUUGUGUGGCUCCACUUGAAAUCAGAAGAGAGGUUUUGUGGAAAAAUAUUGAAAAUGCACAAGUAGCACUAUCAGCAGAUUAUUUUACAGUAAGUCAUUAGGUAUUUCUGUUUCUUCUGAGGAGCAGCUGAGCCUGUAACUUUGCAGUAAAGGUUUCUUUGAAAGCAGUAUGCCUUUGCACCUAAAAAGUCUAUGCUGUGGUUUAUUCACAAAAUUAUUGUGAUCUUGUAAGCCACACAAAGAGUUGCACAUUUCACUUACUCUUACAUGAACUUCUUCUAGAAGAGAAGGAAAAAACCAAACCUGAAUGUAGGUUAGGUGAAAGCCUAUUGCAGUUAACUAGUGCACCAAUGCUAUGAUGCAGAUUAAUUCAGUGAAACCAAAAGGAUAAGGGGAGAUUUUUCCAGUGGAGAUUUUUUGCAAAUAGACUGAGAGAGUGAAAUUCAUUUUAGAACAGCGAUCAGUUAAAGUUGCCAUCACAGACUCCUUGAACUGGCAUUUAAGGAAAUUGUCCUCACCUCCCCAAGCCUUUAUUUUGCACUCUACAUAUGCCAAGGCAAUUUUUACACGCUCACUGACAUGUUAGAUAUUUAACUGAACAAGACAGUAUUAUGGGUUUCCCCCUCGUAGAUAGGGGGAAGAGUCUUAUGUCCCAGAACUAAUGACCUGAUUUAGUUAUAUGAUAGCUCUGAGUAACAUAGACCUUUCUAAAAAGCAUAGAGUAGUUAUGGGCAUUCAGUGCAUAUUUGGAGGCUUCCUUAAAUUGCUAGUGUAGAGUAUUAGUAUUUCAACUGAUGGCCAUAGGAUUAUGGCUUGUGUGUUUUUUAUGGGUUUUAUUCAUCCUUCACCUCACCAUCACCGCACCCCCUGUAGUAAAAUGUCUGGUACAAUCCUUUUCGCUUCAAGACUAACAUUGGUUUACGGUUGGAUUUAAUGAUCCUAAAGGUCUUUUUCAACCUAAAUGAUUCUGUGAUUCCAAGUACCUGCCUCUCAUAAGUACAGUGGUGCAUUCUUAGGUAAAAGCUUAUUUACAAAGUUUUUUAAUAGUUUGUUAUAACCCUUUCAAAUAUAUCAGCAGCAUUUUUUUAUUGAACAACUUUAGCGAGCAUUAACCUUAUGCUGAAAAUGUCUGAUUCACCUGUGGAGAGGAAAAGCUGGAGGGAAAGUGUACUGCUAGAAUUUUUUUUUACACUAAUACUCUUUUUUCCUCAAACAAUUUGAUCCCAACCAUAUGAUGUACCAUGUGGUCUGAGCACAGGCCUAAUCCCAGUUUCUCAAGAAAAAAGGAAGCCAAUACAAACUGUACAUGCUGAAAACUGCAUCCUGCAAGGAUUUACCAUAGAAAAUGGAGGCGCAAAGAGGUACCAAUAAAAUAGAUUUUUUUUUUAACUAUAAACUCAUUCUUAAAGGGAAAUGCCUAUGUUCAGGUUUAACUUAAAGAGUUUAAAUACUAAUUAUAUUAUGUGCUGAAUAGAGAGUUUCUUACAGUAUUUUGGUAUGCCAUUAGCUUAAUUAUGUAUGAUGAGCUAUCACUUUUAAAUAGCAUAAUUACAUACUUAAAUAUAUAUAUACAUAAUUAUUAUGAUUAUUUAAUUUACUUUUUAUAUGCAUGGUAUGGUAUAUCUCGUGCUCUAUACCUUCUUCAGUGUUGACAUGGUUGAAGUGCAACCUCUUUGUUGAGGGAGUUUUGUAUGUUUAAAGAAAAAUAUUGCCAAACUUGUAUGAGUCUUGUAAACACUGAAAGAUUCAGUGGCAAUUGAUAUACCAACAAAGACUGACUGACUAGAGGUUUUGGAAGGGAGGCAAAUUCUCAUGUCUUUAAUUUGGAUAAACCCCAUUGCCAGCUUUGAGAUUAUAGGAAUGUGUUCUCUCACCACAUGUGGGGCAGAAUGCAGGAAGGAUAUUUGUCACAAAAGUGAACCUAUGUAGCAGCUAUAUCUUCCUGAACACAAUGUUCCCUGUUCUCUCUUGCUCUUUUUCUGUCUUUCGUAGGUGCUUUGGUAACAGGGCUGCUCAGAUCAUGAGUCUAAACAGCAUUCCACACAGUUAUGUGACACAGGUGCACAUUUUGCACUGGCUGGUGCUAGAGCAUCUGAAAAACUUUAUGCAUUCAUUUUUAAGGAUAUGUAAAAUACCUAUAUGCUUCAAUGGUGUUUUAGCAAAAGGGUCUAGGACUUCUAAGAUUCAGGGCCAACAUGUAGAGCUCUUAAUGCAUUGAUGACUUAUGGUCCCCAUAGAAUUUUCCACUUACUUCAAUGUUCACUAAGAUUAAACCCAUCAAAAUAAUCAGGAAUUUGGCUUCCCACACUUUCAGGGAAGAGAUAUUUUUACAGUAUGCAAAUGAAAGCAGCGUGACCUGGGCCUUUGAAAACUGAGGUACCCACAUUGUGAACGGGACAUACAGUUGUGUCCCCACGGAGUAUGGGGAGUUGUGCCCCAUUCCUGAGUUUUUGUUUGAAGGGCAGACAAAAGGGGGCAAACACUCUUUCGUUGCCCUCUGACAAGGUACUCCCUCAAUAUAUGAGCAACUCUCUGUUCACUUUGUGGUGCCUCUGCCCCAGAGGGCUCAUGAGAAAAGAGCGUGAAGGUGAGGCUUUUCUGUAGGGUUGAUUGUAGAUCAGAGCACACUGGGUUUGGAAGGGAGCUCUCUUCUCAACACAGAGCUUUCUGAAGACACAAUAGAAAAUAGCGAGCCUUCUUCGAUCACAUUCCAGCCAAAUUUGAGCUCCUUUCUUUUGUAUUGCUCUUUCAGUGUAAGCAGAGACUUCCCUUAGUCUAGGAGGAGGAGAGUAAGUUGUUGCUAGGAGUUAGCACGCUCCAGCAUGGAGCUUUUUACACAGCAGCUACCCCAGAGCCGAGCAGCUGAAUGUACAGUAGUCUGCUUCUGAAUGCAGGCCGGUCCCUAUAGGAAGAAAAUGCACUUUUCCAGAAUGUAGGAACAGUAUGUGUGAUUUGUGCCAAAAGUGUGGAAUGACUAUUGCAGCUGAAGAGGCAGGUAAAUUGCCUAGAUUACAUAUGCAGCAAAAUACUCAGGCAAUCUCUAGGGUUACUUGCAUGUGCUCAAAUAUAUUUUAUGUUGAAGAUGAUAGCAGUCCCAUGUAUGUAUGGAGGAGGAGAAGAAUACUGACUUUUCUGUUACGCUUCAGCCAGAGCCAGCCAAAGGAAAUGGGCAUUCUUGAUUUUGUCAUUGUUUCCAAAAAAACCACGUUACACCUCUAUCCCUUUUGAUGUCUACAUCUUUUCACUCUUUUGAGCUAAAGUCAUCCUUUGUUUGGUCUCAGCUUUAGUGUCACAGCCAAAAUCUACAAAAGUUGGUUGAAAAUGUGUUUACAAAUGAAAUUUCAUUUGUAUGUUAGGAUAAGAUGCUAUAAAUGUGCCUCUGAAAUAAAGCUGUAAAACUCGGUCUUUAACUUCAGGCCAUGACAUUUGGAAUACCCCGGGCUAGUAGAACCACUUGUAAUUUCCUAGACUUACUAACCAGACCCCCACAUUUUUUGUUGCCAAAUGCAAUUAAAAAUAACCUGUGGUUUACCAUGUUCAUCUCAUCAAAUUUUCAGAGAGAAGUUUUCCUAGGACACAUCGUGUGAUUCAGGUAAACACCUGGUACUACUGACUGCAGUGUAGUUCCGUGCUGAAUUCUAAAAGCCUUAGCAAAAGCAUCUGCAUGGGGGAUUAGUUCUCAUGCUACACAUCUCACUAGGAGCCAGAUGGAUUGAAAUUCUGCAUGUUGUGCUUUUUAUGUGAAAACCAAUUACUGGUUUCAUACAUAAAGGCCUGCAGUUAUUUCUUAUACUAAUUUAGGGCUUUUUUUUUUUUAAUUUUACCACGGUUGAAGUUUGAACCAUACCUUGCCAGUGUAUGAAGUGAUUUUAAAAGGAAGUGAAACAUCUUGGCCUCAGUUUCCCUUAAGCUUAAAGCUUUGAAUUGCAACUACAGAGCUUCUUGUUGUAUACAAGAUAGUAAUUUAAUGCACUUUAUUUAAAAAAAGGCACAAAUUAUUUUCUUUAUAAAAUGGUACAAUUGCACUAUGCUGUAAGAAUUGGUUACUAAAUAUAAACUGUACAGUUUUGUAGUCAACAUUGUGUUUAGUCGUAAAUGAUGGAAACAAUUACAUGUUUCAGUUAAAUGUUAAUUUUAUA